CGUCUUGUCAUCGGUGUUGACGCGCGCGGUGAAUGCGCCAUUCCGACCCCGUUGCAUCAAAUCCAUCAAAUCCGUGAGUUGCUACGGACACAUCGAACAUCGGACAUUGGACGCAGGAUGCAGGACGUUUACAUGCCGAAUACCUCUGAAUUACCGACACUCUCCUUUGUCUUCUAUGCGACUGAGGAAUCAGGUCGCUGUAAUGUUGUCGAUCAUCAGGUCCAGAACCAGCCAUACCUCUCUCUUCGCCGCACCAUCUUUCUGCGUGGCUAUCGCUACAUUCGGGCAAUCACCCCGCCGAUCAUCGAUAAACCGCCCAGCUGGUUAGUGAUGUGGUCGCAGUCGAGAAAGUCAAAUGCGAGAGCCCGCAAGCGCUAUCAAAUAUCUGAUUACCCAUUCGUCUCCAUAUCAACUGAGAAAAUCCCCGAAUCUCUCCAUAUCACACUUCACUACCACCCAAAUCCUUCCAUCCCCUCCCCCCCCAACCACCAUGUCCGACUCCCAAUCCACCGCCGACGUCUCCAAGCUCCUCCAACUCCAAACUGCCGUCGCCCACGGCAUCCCCCGCUCCUCCAUCCAACCCCUCACAAACUCCUCCGACCCGCCCACCACCACUUCCUCCGCCAGUACUUCCACUUCCGGCUCCUCCGAGGCCGCCUCCCCCGUCGGCACGCGUUGCGGGCGAUGUCAGCGGACGACGCCGUCGCCGGACGCGAGCACCGUGUCGACGGGGGCGUGUUCGUGGUGCGCGGCGAAGUUGGAGGGGUAAGGUGGGUUGAUUGAAAGAUGGGUGGGAUGGAGUUAUUAUUUUAUGUUGGGCCUGGGAUUUACUUUACGAGCGCGGGAAACCUUGACGACAGUGCGUGAUUUUACGAUUGAGGAUGCCUUUGAUAGAAGGAGAAGGGGAGUUUU